AGUUGAUGAUAAAUUUGGUUUAUUAUUUGAGUGGGUUUAGUUAUUUAAGAGAAGUUAGUAGGCCCUGACGUGAUUUGUGACUUUCAGUGCUGGUUCUAGUUUGUGUUUUCGGAUAAUUGGUGACCUGAGGCACAGGUGAAAAGAUUCCGGUGAAAAUGCUCGCAAACGAUGUUAAACCCACAUCCGGAAAAGAGGUUCUCUGUAAAGUGUGCGGGGAUAGAGCCUCGGGAAAACAUUACGGAGUACCGUCCUGUGAUGGAUGCCGUGGUUUUUUUAAACGCAGUAUUCGAAGGAACCUGCAAUAUGUUUGCAAGGAGGGUGGCAAAUGUAUGAUUGAUGUUAUGCGACGGAAUCAGUGUCAAGCAUGCCGAUUCUCGAAGUGUUUGCUGGUGAAUAUGAGACGUGAAGCCGUACAGCACGAAAGAGCGCCACGAUCUUCAGCACCACCGCCCUGUAACUUGGUUAGCAUACCCUUCGAUUUUUACACUCCACAGAAAGCACUGCCUGUAAGACCAGCAAAUAUUUUACUUCCUUUGCCAACCUUGAUGCCAGUGGAUCUUGUAUAUAAACCUAUUGACAGUCAGUUCACCACAGGCUAUUGUGGUUUCCAACGGGAGCUAAAUAUUCUAAACCCGGCAUUUGACAAACAACAAUCUUCACUAGGAAUGGAAAAUAAUAAUACCAUAAACCUCAGUAAAACCAACGACAGUUUCGACCGAGUUAACCCACUGAAAGGCGUCUCAUCGCUGCAGACAGAAGACGGAAAUUGUAAGGAACUCAUAUUUGAGUCUGCAGCAAAACUGCUAUACUUCGCCGUUAAAUGGGCGAGAUCCAUUCCCCACUACAAUCAUUUGCCACAUCGUGAUCAAUCAGUUCUUCUGGAAAAUUCUUGGGCAGAGUUAUUUUUGGUGAUGGCUUCUCAAUGGGGUUUACCGCUCGAAAGUAAUCUAACAAUAUCCAAGGAGUUGGACAAUAUCCGCCAUGUUCUUCAACAAUUUCGCCAUUUGAAAAUCGAUGUGGCUGAAGCAUCAUGCCUUAUGGCGUUAAUCCUUUUCAAAGCGAUUCCUUCAUUGAGCACAACAAGUAUUGAAUACAUUUCCCUGGUUAAAGAUCAAAGUAUAGCAUAUCUGGCCGACAAAUGUGGUGCAUUUCGUUUAGGACAUUUACUUUUGCUUCUGCCACAAGUGAAAAAUGCAGCGAUCCCGAAAUUUAUACAGGACACUUUUUUCAAAGGAACGGUGGGAGAAGUAGCAAUAGAAAGACUUUUGGGUGAUUUGAUGUAGAUAAAACGUGUCCUUCGUAUGAGUGGCUUUUUCUUACAUUUGAUUGUCGACAAAUAUUUGUAUUAUAUUCCUUAGGUUUACGUAAUCUCUAACUAUAAAGUGUAUAAAUAGUCACAAGCAAACAAAAUAUAAAUGAUCUAAACAGUUCCAAUGAUGUUCUUUCUUGACAGCAAAAAGCGUCGAAUCAACGCAGAUUAAUGAAUAAAAAAAUUAGCGAUGACUUUCACAAAAAGUGUCACACCAUCGGACAGUCGCAUUAUUCUAUUAAUGAAUCUUUAUUAUUUCUUUUCCAUUUAUUUUAUUUAUUACCUUAAAUAUUUAUUUAACUGAUUAUCAGCUCGAAUAACCCUGACACUGUGGAACGGAGAUUAGUUUGAAUGAUUCCUUCGUUAUCACGCUCAAAUUUCGACGCAAAUCAACGUGCUUACAAUCAGUAGAUCAAUUUGCCACAUCUCAAUUUAGCGUUAGAUUAGUUGACCUUAUACAGUUGAUUUGUUAUCUCAAUUUUGUAAAAUAUUCCCUGGAAAGUCCA